UAUCCAUAAUGGCGGAAGCUGGAAAUUUCAAUGUGUAACCUGGAUUCUAAAGACAUUUGAUAUUCUAGCAACAUGAUUAAACCAGAAAGGAACAACAAUAUGUCUGUGCAGUGUUCCUUUUUGGAUAUUCACAUAUGUGGUGCCUGUAAGAUGCAGUUCCACAAUGUUGAGUUGUUUAUUGAACACAAGCAGCAGAAUUGUCCAGUGCUGGCUGAAAUGCACUCUGCCGCCUUAGAUGCUCUCAGAGACCAGGCAUCAAAGCCUUCUCAGACAGACACUGAUGUUUCAGAAAUCACAUCGACAUCUCUUUCAUUGGCUACAGCAACACUGACGGUAGCUCCAGUUGUUAAUUCCUCACCAAUGUCUAUCACCGGUACCAAUCCUGACUCUUCAAGUAUUAACACACAUUCUGUUGUACUAAAUGGUAACCAAGGCGACAGUGCAGUCCAUGAGAAUUCCAUUCGUCAUAAUACUUUACACCUGCAAGCUGAAAGUGUUGACCCACAAAGUGAUGUGGACCCAACUCUAAGUAGUAAGCUAGAUUUGUCUUUCCUUGAUGCUCAGCAAGUCAUGAACGAGAAUCUGAAGCCCAGAAGAGAUAUCAGAGAUCCAUUCCUCACCUCUACUGCUGCCACUUGCCAUUCUGUUUUGGAACAUUCCUGUGAGCAGGCCAGCAGUCAUGUUAUUGAUGGUACCACAGAUCUGUCGGAACUGUCGAGUGAAGCAAAGAAUGCUUAUAUUACAAAAAUGGAUCAAAACUCAUCACAAGUGUGUGUUGCUGUGACAACAGAACAGUUAGUACAGAGCCUGGGAUUGAACAGCAGCCCCUCAUCUUCAUCUAUUGUGGCUCCAUCAACCAAUGUCAGCAAUCAGGUUCUGGUAAAACGUGUCCAAGAACAGCUUCAGGCAGAUGCGACGUCUUCAAGAGACGCUGCAGUUGCACAACAGUUUUUCACUGAGCAAAUCAUUACAGAAUCUUUAGAGAAUUUGGCUCCGAUCAGCUCUGAUGUAUUGCCUAGCAACCAGCAGGCUCUCCCACAAAACUUCACUUUACUCUCCUGUGAUAACCAACAACCCUACAAUAACAACAACAUCAUUACUACCACCACCAUUAAUACUACCACUGCCACUGCCACCAAUACCACCAUUACAUCCACCACCAACAACAAUACCACCACCCCCAUCACUACCAUCAACAAUAUCUCUUCGUGUGUAUCAUCUACUCAGUCACAGAACACUUCACAGAUUGAUAGCUACCGGCUGCGGAUGCUAGGUAGUUCAGAAGCAGGUUCUGUUAGUAGUUUGAUGGCUAUCGUUCAGGAAUUUGACAGUUCUGUGGGUCAUGCCAGUUCCCUUUUGUCCGAGUGCCAGUCUCUGGAAACUUCUUCAUCUUCCCACCAGCAACAGCCUCAAUCUACACAAGUAUCAUCCCACGUCACCCAACACAACAUUGCUGUUAGUGAUUGUUCUAACAAUGUCAAUCCUGUUGAAGCUAACCCAGUCUUUCAGUCGCAGUCUACUUGUCUAAUACCUGUGCUACCAGCAACCACUGCAAGCAGCACCUCUACAACAACAUCAACAAAACAAGCGGCCCAAACAUCCAGUGGAAGUAAAACGUCCGUCAAAUCCAGACCAACACUCCACAAGAAGUUCAAGUGCACUUUUGAAGUGUGUGAGUUUCAGACGGCCUACAUGAAGGACCUUGACCGACAUACCCGUACACACACAGGCGAGAGGCCUUUCCAAUGUACAAAGUGUCAGAAGUCUUUUAAUCGCAGUGACAAGCUGAAGAUCCAUGAGAGGGGCCAUACUGGCACCAAACCAUAUCAAUGUGAAAUGUGUCCAUAUUCGUCAGCCGACAGCAGCAGUUUGAAAAAACAUCUCCGGAUUCACACAAAUGAGAGGCCUUUCAAGUGCCAGAUAUGUCCAUAUGCCAGUCGUAAUUCCAGUCAGUUGAUUGUCCACAUUCGUACACACACAGGGGACUCACCAUUUCAAUGUCAACUUUGUGAUGCAAAGUUCAAAAUAAAUUCAGACCUCAAGCGACAUGUCCGCAUCCACACUGGGGAGAAGCCAUACAAGUGUGAUCUCUGUGAUUACAGGUGUUCAAUUAAAGCUAACCUCAAAAGUCACUAUCGAAUCAACCACUCAACAGAUGACCAGAUCCACUGUGAUAAUUGUAAUUAUGCUACAUCUUCUCGCAAGAGUUACCGAGAACAUAUCAAGACUCAUGAUACUGACCGCCCCAUCAAAUGUCCAUCUUGUCCAUAUCAGUGCUCCCGUAAAAGUGCAUUAAUUAACCACCUGCGCACACACAGUGAAGAUCGUCCAUUCUCUUGUGAUUAUUGUGCCUACACUUCCAAACAGAACAGCAAUGUGAAAACUCACAUGGCAAAGAAACAUUCAGACAAACUGAAACAGAAGAGGAAGACAGGUUCUCGCAAAAAAUCAGAACCUAUCGAGAAAGUUUCUGCCAAUGCAAGCACCAAUUCUUCACCUAUAACAAAUCUGGAACCAUCUGGUGGAUCUCAAAUGAGAAUCAAACCAAACUGCAAGAAAUCCUUUUGCUGUGUGCAGUGUAAUGCCUCGUUUGUCCGACAGGAUUCUUUACGAAGUCACAUGCGACAACACCGAGAUAUUGAAAAGGCUCUGCAGACUUCAACGAUGAGAGUGCUUGAAGUACAGAAUCCCAUGGUGCCAGUGAACUCUCAGGCAAGUCAUACUAUGAAAGAUUCUUCACCACAAACUCUGACAAGUCUUCUCACUGCUAACACAACCAACAAUAGUAAUAGUAACCAGUCAGUGUCUUCUACUAACAAAUUUGCAACAUUACUUGUUGGUGCUGGGAGCAGCUCAUCUGUGAAAUCUGUGUCGGAGUCUCCUUCUUUGGUAUCCACAUCAUCCAUUGUCAACAUCAUCACAGCGCCACACAUUUCAAAAUCGAAUAAAAGUGCUCCUGUUUGUCAACAAUCGUUCUUGAAUAUUGGGAACCUGAGCAGCAAUUCAGUUUCUUCAGAUGUAGAGCAACCCAUUUUAAAAAGUUUGGUUACCUCAAAAUCUCUUUUAGUCAGUGGCCAACCACAAUCACAACAACAACAUCAACAACAGCAGCGGCUACAACAACAAGUAACACUAUCAUCAACAAACAGUACCCCAGCGACGAUAGCGAUGACACCAAGCAGUUCGUCUUUUAUAUCAAUUUCUAAAGACUUGGCUUCUAAUAAUAUUAUUUUCUCACAAUCCACAAAUUCUGCAUCUUUAGAAAGCCAAGCUGGUAGUCUACCCCAGACUAUCAGCCAAAACUUGGUUGAUCAUACAUCUCAGACAGUACAUUGCCUGCCAAGGGACUCAAUAGGAGCCCCUUUAUCAACUUUAGCAACUGGCUCACAGACGACAGUGUCGCAAGUGUUACCUUCAACUGUGAGUAGUCCAUCUGUAAGUAGUGGUGCUCAGAGUGUUAUGAAUGGUAUCUUGUUGAGUAGCCAGCCACAGCAGAGUACCAUUGUUACUCCACAAUUCUUGCAGGCAGCUCCCAACACUCUACAGCUUAUUUCAAAUAUCUCUUUGCCUUUCAUACGUAUGCCGGCAGCAUCACUCAGUACUCAGCUUCUACCUAACCAAGUUGCUGGACAACGUCCUGAGCAAAUAAGCAUUGUGAAUUCACCUCUAAGUCCUACUUUGACGAGCCACCAACAACACCAUUCUGCCACAUCCGAAAUCCCUCUUCAUAUCCUAUCCCAACAUACUUCACAGACCGGCACCAUUCCUAUUAAUGUCCAAAUAUCUCGUGUUGACAUUGAUGCUUCAAAUAUCAAAAACGAACUUCUUGAACAAUGCAGUGCAGCUGGUUUGCCUUCAGCUUCACUUCAGUUGAUCCUACCACCAAGUCUUCAACCGACACCAGCUACCAUACAGCAGGUCAGCACUUUAACAUCUGCUGCUAAUAUCACUGCUAAUACAAUCAACAUCCCAACAACAGCCAAUGGAGAAAUUAUUGUACAAGUAACGAGUUCUGGUUCAACAGAUCUUUCGUCCUGUUUGCCGUUAGACCAGAUUACCAACACUUCAAGUAGAGUCAGUCCAAUGACGUCAGACUGAUAACUUAGUCCCUGCAUUUCUUAGACCAGUGACUGACCAUUGCAUGAAAAAUUAACUCUUAAUAAAGUGGUGACAAAGUUUAACAGUGCUCCAUCUCCUUACCUUCCUCAAGAAACAUUUAAAA